UUUCGUUCUGUGUUUUGGUUGCUUGCCUCUGGAGAAGUAGACAGGCGGAUAUCAUGAGAGUGGCUGGUGCACUGCUGCAGCAGGUGGGCCGGCGCGGCGUGAUUGCUGUGCGCAGGGAGACCAAGAACCGAUGGGAGCGGCGUGCUCCGCUCGUGCCCAAGCAUGUGCGCAAGCUCAAGCGCAUGGGCUUCCGCGUCCUCGUCCAGCCCAGCGACAUGCGCGUGUUUACGAAUGAGCAGUAUGCUCGCGCAGGGGCAGAGCUGGUUGAGGACCUCUCGGCAGCCAGCGUCGUGCUCGGUGUGAAGGAGGUGCCGCUCUCCGAGCUGCAUCCAAACAAGACGUAUGUGUGCUUCUCCCACACCAUCAAGGCGCAGGAAGGCAACAUGGGCAUGCUCGACGACAUCCUCAGCAAGAACAUCCGCCUCAUCGAUUACGAAUGCAUGCUUGACGAGAACAAGAAGCGUGUGAUUGGUUUUGGAAAGUUUGCCGGUAUCGCUGGCAUGAUCGAUCUCCUCCGUGGCCUCGGCGACCGUCUUCUCGGUCUUGGGUACAGCAACCCGUUCCUCGGCAUGGGCUACAUGGACUACUUCCACAGCGUGGCAGCGGCCAAGACGGCGCUGCAGCUUGUCGGCAACAACAUCCUCAUCAACGGCACUCCAAAGGCCGUCGCCCCCAUGAUCUUCGGUUUCACAGGCACUGGCAACGUGACGCAGGGCGCGCUUGAGAUCUUUGAGCAGCUGCCACACGAGUACAUCACGGCAAAGGACCUCGAAGUUGUCAUCGCUUCCGGCGACCCCAACACGCUCUACGGCAUCAAGCUCCAGCGCGAGGAUCUCGUGCAGCACAAGGACCCCACACAGCGCGUCACCUUCGACAAGAACCACUACAACUCCAACCCGGACGAGUAUGAGCCCAUCUUCCACACCAAGAUUGCCCCCCACAUCUCCGCCCUCGUGCACGGCAUGUACUGGGACGCGCGCUUCCCGCGUCUGCUGACGUGCGACCAGAUGCGCGCCCUCCACAACACGGGAACAAGCCGCCUCAUCGCGAUUGCCGACAUUUCCGCUGAUCCAAACGGCUCCAUCGAGUUUACACGCGAGUGCACAACCAUCGACCGCCCUUAUGAAGUGUACAACCCGAACACGGACACGAGCGUGUUUGACUGGGAGGCUGAAGGCAUUCUCCUCGGCUCUGUGGACAACCUGCCUGCUGAGAUUCCCGUAGAGGCGUCCAUCCACUUUGGCGAUCUGCUUGUCGACUACAUCCCCGAGCUCGCCCGCUCAGACAUGACGCUCCCCUUUGAGCAGCAGACGGACAUUGGCGACACGCUGCGCAACGCCAUUAUCACCGCCCACGGCAAGCUCACACCGCGCUACGAGUACAUUGCCAACCUGCGCCGCGAGAACGAAGAGCUCGCCCGCAAGAGCGCGCCCCCACGCGUGGUUGUGCUCGGCUCUGGACUCGUCUGUCCGUCGUACAUUGACAGCCUGCUCAAGGUCAUGGGCAGCGGCAAGGUGGACGUGACCGUUGUUGGCGCGCAGGCGAGCGAGCUGAAGCAGCUUGCCAACGCCUACGACACCAUCAACACCGUGGAACUGGACGUCACUGACGAUGCUGCGCUCCGCUCCGUCAUUGGCACCUCUGAUGUUGUCGUCAGCCUCCUCCCCGCCAGCCUUCACCUCCGACCAGCAAAGCUCUGUCUCGAGCUCGGCAAGGACAUGGUGACGACGAGCUAUGUCUCUGACGAGAUGGCUGCGCUUCACGAUGAGGCGCGCGAGAAGGGGCUCGUCUUCCUCAACGAGUGCGGCCUCGACCCGGGCAUCGACCACUUCAAGGCCAUGGACAUCAUCCACCGUCUGUCUGAGUCGAACAUGGACAUUACGUCGUUCACGUCCUGGUGCGGCGGCCUCCCCGCCAUCCACUGCGCCAACAACCCGCUCGGCUACAAGUUCAGCUGGAGCCCGCGCGGCGUGCUCGUUGCUGCGAAGAACGCUGCGCGGUACCGUGAGCACGGCGCUGUUGUGGACGUUGAGAGCGGCACCCUCCCCGAGCACGCCCGCGACGUGCAGGUCGGCCGCAUGCAGUUUGUCGGCACCCCAAACCGCGACUCGGUCAAGUACGAGAGCGUGUACGGCCUGGACAAGAGCGGCAAGCUGGAGUGCAUUCUGCGCGGCACGCUGCGCUACACAGGCUUCUGGGAGGCGCUGCGCGUGUUUACGGAGGUUGGUCUCCUGCGUGAGGACAUCAAGCUCGGCGCUUCCACCGCCCGCGACCUCAUUGCCGAGGCAGCAAAGGCGCAGCCCGACGACGUGCCGGCAGAGACGCAGGAGGAGGCCCUUCGCAUGCUUGCAGAGUGCGGUGUUGGGGAGAGCACGCGGUGCCCUGCCCACGUUGCCCCGCUGGACGCGCUCUCGGCCCUGCUUACAGACGCCCUCGCCUACCAACGCGGCGAACGCGACAUGAUCGUCCUCACACACAGCUUCACUGGUGUUGGCAGCGGCAGCAAGACGGUGCAGGUCGAUGCUGAGCUGUCGUACAUGGGCGGCCGCCACCCCAUGGAGGCAACUGCGAUGGCCACCACCGUUGGCGCGCCCGGCGCCCUCGCCACCAAGUACGUGCUGAACAAGAACGAGUGCAGCUUCCUGGACCGCGGCGUGCUGCGCCCAACCAACGUGCAGCUGAGUCAGCAGUUUUUGAAGGACCUCGACAAGUACUUUGACAUCUCCUUCAACGAGCGCGUCAUUGAGUCGUAAACCACCAGCACCAGCACGAUACGCCACAGGCCAAUCACAACCACCGCCACCACCGCCACCACCACCAGUGAUUCUUAUUCUCCAGCAACAUGCACGCCGUUUGAUGGGUUGAUAAGACGAGGCACAUGUGUGUUUAUGUGGCGGUGCCGAUGCUGCGGCUGUAGUUGCUGUUGCGUAUACCUCGUUUGUGAGAGGGUGUGUUCACUGUUUUGCUCGUCUUUUUGGUUUGUAGGCGUGUGUGUGUGUGUGUGUGUGUGCGUGUGCGUGUGCGUGUGCGUGUUUGCGUGUGUCAUGUUGAACCAGAACAAACAGCCCGCCAUUCACCCCAACACACGCCACACUCGUGUUCUUCUUGGUCCCCUCAAUAAGCAAACCCUCCUCAAGCAGCAUCAAACGCGACAACAACAGGAAUGCGUGCGCGCACAUAUGUGUUGGUUGAAGGGGGAAAGGCGUGUUUAUCAUUCAUUACAUUACAUGUGAAGGAAUAAGUGAUAACUGAAA